AUGUCCGCAAUACACGAUUUCGGGACCGGGUCCAACGCGGCCGCCACCGACACGGCGACCGCGACCUCAGCCAGCUCCGGCCAAGACUCUCCGCCACUCCGCCCGCUCAAGGAGGUCGAGUCCCGGCACAGCCACCACAGCCGGAGCCGGGCCUCGUCCCACUCGUCCACCGACACCGACCCCCUCGAGCCACUCGAGCACGCCCUGACGCCCGACCUCGAGACCGAGGCAGAGCACGUCGCUCGAGAGCCCAUCACGUACACUCGCACCGGCACGAGUAUCGGCAGCACCGCGUCACGGCCUCCGGAUUACGAGGUCGUAUUUGAGCCCGAUGACCCAGAGAACCCAAAGAACUGGCCCCUAUGGUACCGCGGCUGGACCAUCUUCGUCGUCUCACUCUCUACUUGGAUUGUCGUGCUUUACAGCACGAGUUAUACGGCAUCUAUCCCCGGCCUCGUUGAGGAGUAUCACUCGAGCAGGGUCAUUGCGACGCUUGGUGUUACUACCUACCUUCUUGGCUUGGCUGCCGGCAGUUUGAUCGUUGCCCCGAUGAGCGAGUUGUAUGGCCGGCAAUAUGUCUACCUUGGAUGCUUCACCGUUUCAUCUCUUCUGAUCAUUCCCUGCGCUCUUGCAAAGUCUCUGACGACACUGAUCGUCGUUCGCUUCUUCGGUGCAUUAUUCGGAGCUGCCUUGAUCGCCAACAGCCCAGGAACGGUGGUGGACAUUUCAGAUGAGGAGUAUCGUGCCCUCGCCAUGUCCUUCUACUCCAUCGCCCCCUUGAACGGUCCAGUCACCGGCCCGAUCAUCGGUGGCUUUGUGUACCAGUACCUAGGCUGGCGAUGGACCAACUGGAUCGUCCUCAUCAUUGCCGGCGUGGGCAUCGCGCUCAUGUUCACCCUGCGUGAGACCUACGCACCCACCAUUCUCCAACGAAAGGCCGCUCGCAUUCGCAAAGAGACGGAUGAUCCGCGCUGGUGGUGCCGCUACGACGAGAAGGUUUCCAAGGUCCACCUUAUCAAGCUGAAUCUCAGCCGUCCCUUUGUUCUCAGUUUCACAGAGCCCAUUCUGUGGUUCUUCAACCUCUGGAUCUCACUCAUCUACGGCAUCCUCUACCUCUGCUUCGUCGCCUACCCCAUCGUCUUCUCCCAAUACCGCGGCUGGGGUCCAGGCGUCUCGGGCCUCGCCUUCGUCGGCAUCGGCAUCGGCACCAUCCUCGCCAUCAUCAGCGAGCCCAUCUUCCGCCGCAUCAUCAAUGCUCACCCAAAGGACCCAAUCACAGGCCGCGUCCCGCCCGAAGCCACCGCCCGCGUAAUGACCAUCGGCGCCAUCCUCACCCCCAUAGGCCAGCUCGUCUUCUCCUGGACCUGCCUCCCCGCCACGAUCCACUGGGCCAUUCCCAUCGCCUUCGGCAUCCCCUUUGGCGCCGGCAACACAAUCUCCUUCAUCUACGGGUCCAACUACCUCGCCGGCGCGUACGGCAUCUACGCCGCCUCCGCGCUGGCCGGCAACGCCGUCAUGCGGAGCAUGUUUGGCGGCACGCUGCCGCUCGCGGGCACGUCCAUGUAUAAGGCCAUGUCGCCCCAGUGGGCGGGAACGCUCUGCGGUCUCCUCGAGCUCGCGCUCAUUCCGAUCCCCAUCAUCUUUUGGCGGUACGGCGAGAAGAUUCGCGCAAAGAGCCCGAUUAUUCGGCAGAUGAGGGAGGAUCAGGAGAAGAAUGAGAGUAAGCGGGCUAAGCAGCUCGCGCGGCUGGAGAGGAAGAGGGAGAGGGAGGCUGCUGCUGCUGCUGCUGCGGCUGCGGGUGGUAACAGCGAGAAGUCGACGGGCGUGUUGGCGAGCGAGGAGCAGACCGGACCUCGAGACAUCGAGAAGAGUGUUUGA